UGUUGUGGUUCCGGUCGGACUUCUUUGGGAGCAGGACUUGUCAUCUUCAGUCGUAGUUGCUCGUCAGCUGCUGUCUCUUCUAACUAUGUCAAGUCGUGCUCUUCGAAGAUUAAGAGGGAAACAGCGGGGUCAGGAGGCUAUAGACAUCGGAGGCUUACUUGCUGACCCCAACGAAGAAGUUGCAGACCUGGAGGAGGAGGCGCAGGAUGGAGUUCUACAGCCGGUGGCGAAGAACAGCCGAAAGUCUUCUAAGAAAAACAAAACUCAGAAAAAUGUCAACAACAUUUAUGAACUGAUCUGCGAUGCUGACAAUGAGACGGAGAGAUGUCCUACAGAUGAGGAGGCUGGAGUGAGGCUGGGAGAGCCUGAAGAUCAAGAGAACAAAGAGAAGAGUGACAUUGGACAGACAGAGAAGGCUCCUAGGCUGGUGGAGUCCAGUAUAGACAAAGUGAACUCUGGAGACAAAACCAGCAAAAGGAAAAAGAAGAAGAAAAAGAAAAAGGCAACCGCAGAAGACCCACAGCAGGAAGAAGGAGUAGGAGAUGAUCUUGAUGCUUUGCUAGAGACCAUUGAGAAGACCAAUGGCCUCUCCCAUCAGAGUGGGCCUUGUGGAACUUCAGACAACCGGCCAGUGUUGUAUGUGGAGCACAGGAAUCUUAAUCCAGAGACUGAACUGAAAAGAUACUUUGGAGCUCGAGCGGUAUUAGGAGACCAAAGAGCCAGGACGAGACAAAGGCAAUUCCAUCGCAGUACAUGGAUGACGGCCCCCAAAGACACCUGGCCUCGCUUCAGCAGACCAGGUAUCUCCAUGAGUCUACAGGAGUCACGGGAAGGUCUGCAGUACUUCACCUUUGUGCACAACCGGGACUACCAGCAAGUCCAGUUUAAGUUCCUUGAUGCUGUUGAAUCCAUGGACCCCAACAACAUUGUGGCUCUUCUCCAGCUCAACCCAUAUCACGUAGACUCUCUGCUGCAGCUCUCAGAUGUAUGUCGCAUUCAGGAGGACCAGGAAAUGGCCAGGGACCUGGUUGAGCGGGCUCUGUACAGCUUUGAGUGUGCAUUUCACCCUGUCUUCAGCCUGACGUCAGGAACCAGCCGACUGGACUACCUGCGCCCGGAGAACAGGGCAUUUUACCUGGCCUUAUACAAACAUAUGAUGUUCCUGGAAAAGAGAGGGUGUCCACGGACCGCACUGGAGUACUGCAAGCUCAUCCUGAGCCUGGACCCGGAAAAUGACCCUCUUUGCAUGCUGCUGAUGGUGGACUUCCUUUCCCUGCGUUCACGAGAGUACACCUUUCUCAUCCGCCUAUACGAAGAGUGGGAGGGACACCGUAACCUGUCCCAGCUGCCCAAUUUUGCCCUGUCUGUGGCGCUGUCCUACUACCACCAGAGUUUACAGGAUGAGUUGACACCAGAAGAAUGUGCUCGCUUGAAGCAGAAGGCUGACGAUCUCCUUCAGGAUGCCCUCAUCAUGUUCCCUGGCGUACUGAUGCCCCUCCUUGACCUGUGUGCUGUGCAGCCAGAUUCUGCCGUUUCCUCCCACUCCUUCUUUGGACCCAAAAGCCAAAUCUGGCAGCCGCCUGCCCUCAAUGAACUGCUGUCCCUAUAUGUGGGCCGCUGCCAUAUCCUGUGGAAGGAGGGUCGGGUCCUGUUGUGGCUGGAGGGCAAUGUGCGAGAAGUCUUGAGGAGAGUGGAUUCGAAAGACCCCCUUGUGGAGGACUAUGAAAACAAGAGGAAGAUAAGGUACCAGAGUGCCCCAAGAAACAUACAUCGUCACGUCAUCUUGUCGGAGAUCAAGGGGGCCACUGCUGCACUGCCUCUGGAAGUAACCACUCAGCCGGUUAUGGGCUUUGACCCUCUGCCUCCAUUGGACUCUGUGAUCUCCUACACCAGGCCUAACAGGUCAAAUGCAGGAGCCUCUAAUGAGAGUUCCUUCUCUCUGUUCUUCCGCUCUCUGUUGCCAAAUUUUAACCUGCAGGGGGGUGCAAGGCCCAACGAUGACCAGGAGGUGGCCCGGGCAGGCCGUGAGCUCAACCAAGAGGUUAACCGGCUCAUGGCAGCUAUGAGGGAUAUGCUGGCCAACAUCCAGGUCCUGGAGGCCCCCCGAGAGGACGAGCCAGAGCGUGAUGAGGAGGAGUGGGACUGAGAUGUCAGACUGAGGGGUGCAUGGGGAAAGUCUCCUGCAAGGACCACAAACAACACAUGUGUAACUGUAAUGUUCCCAGUUCCCUUAAUCUUGAUCUUUCAAGAAAAAUGGAUCCACACUUCAGCACU